AUGCUUUUCUACAGCAAAUUGCAGGGUUCCAGUGGACGAGGCACUCUCGCCAACACCACCUUCUUGUACACAUGUCUGUUGGCGUUGGUGUUUUUCAAUGUCAUUUUUGUAUUGAACUCAUGGCAUUCGACAUCAAACACCAUCACGUGGUCAGUUCACGGUGCCCGAGUUCAAGGAAGAUUUUUCUCUCGAAUCGCUUCACGAGCCAAACAAAGUUUCAAUCGAGUGAGAUCGACUGUGAGAAGUGUCAAACAAAAAGCUUCAGCUUCUGUCAAGAGAGUAAUUUCUAGAAAUCCAAUUGUCAACAAGGUGAAACAAGUUGCUGGAAAGAAAUUGGAUCGAAUGAUGAGUGGAGUUAAAAAGUUGAAAAAUUCUGUGAAACGAGGCAUCUCUAAGGUCAAACAAGAUGUGAAAAAAUUCAAAACUCUUGUCAAGACUCGAGGAUUGAAGAAGGGAUUGAGUGCUGUGAAAAACAAAUUGAGAUCCAAAGUCAGAGAUGUGAAAGGAAAAUUGAAAUCGAAAGCAAAGAAAAUCAAAGACAAGGUGAAAUCCAAAGUUAGAAAAAUCAAAGAAAAGGUGAAAUCCAAAGUCAGAAAAAUCAAAGACAAGGUCAAGACCAAAGUUCGAAAAGUAAAAGAAAAAGUGAAGAGUGUCAAGCAAAAAAUCAAGCAAGCAAAGGCCAAGAUUAAAUCCAAAGUUAAGAAGGUGAAAGAAUCUUUGAAAAACAAGUUGCAAAAACUCAAGUCCAAAGUUGGCAAAAUUUCACCCAAGAAGGUCAUUCAAACAGUCAAGAAGACCCUCAAUAAGGUGAAGGAAUCUGUCAAGAAGACGAUCAAAACUUUUAAAACCAAAGACAGUAACAUUCAAACUAAGAAAGUUGGUUCUCUAAAAUCCAUGAAAUCCAAAGACAAGGUCGUUGGUUCCAUUACUGCAGGUGUCAUCAAAAUGUCAUCUCUCGUGAGUGAAGCUGCUUAUGAAAAUUCUGCUGACAAGAAACUCACAGAUAAGGGAUAUCAAUUGGUGUUGCAAAAUGAUCACAAAUCGAAAAUGAUUGCUAAUAAGGUAUUUUAUAAUCCAAAAGACAAGACCUUGGUGGUCACGUAUCGUGGAACUGUACCCAAUUCAGUGAAGGAUUGGACCAAUAACUUUGAUAUUCCUUUGACCAAGGCCUCAUUUGGUGGUAAAUCGAUUGGAUCUGUCAAUCGUGGAUAUUUGAAGCAAUAUAAUGAAGAUCGAAAUGCCAUUCAAAAGACGAUUCAAGAAUAUCAAAAACGAGGACUUGUGGAUAAGGUAGUUUUUACUGGACACAGUAAGGGAGGUGCAUUGAGUCAACUUGCCGCUGCUGAUUACAAACUCAAUAAUCCAAAUGGUGCCAAAGUGGAAGUUGUGACCUUUGGUUCUCCUCGUGUCGGUGAUGACACCUUUGCCAAGACAAUGAAUGAACAAAUUCCAAACCAUGCUCGUGUUGUGAAUAAGUUUGGCAAGGAUGGAUCAGAUGUCUUCACCUCAUUGCCACCAAAGUGGUCUGGAUAUUCACAUGCAGGAAAUGAAAUUCAAAUGGGAUGUGAUAAAAGCAAUGGCGUUUCGUGUCAUAGACUCAAGAUCUAUCAAGAAAAUUCGGCAACUCCUGAAUAA